AUGCAGCAACACAAUAAAAUGAAAGUUGUGUUGCUGCAGCUGCUUAUAUUUGUCAAGGGAAAGGUGAGGAACACUUUGGACAGGGAGCUGAUGCCAGGGGAGAUAGAUGAGCUGCAGGAGGCCUUUAAGGAAUUUGACUAUGAUGCAGAUGGAUUCAUUCAUUACAAAGACAUCGCAGACUGCAUGAGGACCAUGGGCUACAUGCCCACAGAGAUGGAGCUCAUUGAGAUCAUCCAACAAAUCAAGAUGAAAUGGGGUGGACACGUAGACUUUGAUGACUUCUGCGAGUUGAUGGGACCAAGGAUGCUGGCUGAGACAGCUCACAUGAUCGGCCUGAAAGAACUCCGCUGUGCCUUCAAACAGUUUGACUCUGAUGGAAAUGGAAAGAUCACAACAGAGGAGCUGAAGGAGGGCAUAAAGACACUCCUCGGGGAGAAGCUGAAGAAAGGAGAGCUGGAGGAGAUCCUCGGAGAUAUUGACCUCAACAAAGAUGGUAGCAUUGACUUUGAUGAGUUCGUUAUGAUGCUUUCUGCACGGUGA